GCUGCACUCUCCAUCACGACUCUUUAAAGCCCAAAUUAUCAAACCAAAUAUCUCACAAACUCUCGCCAUAAUCAGAAAUCAACCAAAUCCAACCACACAAAAGCAAAACAAACAAACCUCCCAAAUCACACCCAAAACAUCCCUCAAAAUGUCCAGCUCAACAACAAACAACACCGCCCAAGAUCCCUCCAUGAUCGCAGGCCACGCCCAGUAUGCGAAGGGAUACGUAGAGUCUACUAUCGGGGCUGUGACCGGGAGUGAGGAGUGGAAGAAGAGCGGGGAGAAGGAUAUGGGUGAUGGGAUUGGGACUAUGAAGGUUUGUUCCCUCGCAAUCUCCCAUUCAUUACUUCAUUAGUUAGGGUUGGAGAAUAGUGUUAAUGAGAUAUCAGGAAGCGAAUGCACAAAGACAAGGCGAGCCCGCUCCAAGUGGUCUUGGAAAAGCUGAGGAGGUUGCGGGGAAGGUAGCGGGGUGUGAGGGGAUGGAGAAAGAGGGCAUUCAGAGACAGGAGAAAGCGCAGUAAGGAGGGAG